CUGAUUUUUUUUUUCUAAAAAAACAAAGAAACAUGUCUAUCCAAGUUUGUGCAGCAGCUCAAUCACCAAAGGCCAAGCCUGAAAUUAUACGGCGGACAGCAAACUUCCCACCAAGCAUUUGGGGUGAUCGGUUUCUCAACUAUGAUUCCCAAGACAUUAUAACAAAUGCCAGGAACCAACAAGAAGUUGACAAACUGAAAGAAGUAGUGAGGAGGGAAGUAUUCACAACUAGUGCAGGUGACUUUUCACGUCAGCUCAAGUUUAUUGAUGCAAUCCAGCGCCUUGGGGUGGCAUACCAUUUUGAAAGUGAAAUUGAAGAAGCAUUGGAGCGUAUGCAUGCUGCAUUUUGUGACCAGGACUUUAAUGAUGAUGGAGAUCUACACAACGUUGCUCUUUGUUUCCGGCUACUAAGACAACAUGGAUAUAAGGUUUCAUGUGAUGUGUUCAACAAGUUCAAAGACGAAAAUGGCAACUUCAAGGAAUGCUUAAUUGCCGAUGUUCCAGGGAUGCUAAGCCUUUAUGAAGCCGGUCAUCUAGGGGUACGCGGAGAAGAAAUACUAGAUGAAGCUCUUGCUUUCACCACCACUCACCUUGACUCUGCUGCAAAAGCUCAUGGAAGCUACGAACUUGCAGAACAAAUCACUCAAGCCUUGGAGAGACCUUUGCGAAAAGAUCUAGAGAGGGUAUGUGCCAAGCGUUACAUGUCAAUCUACCAAGAUGAAGCUUCACAUAAUGAGGCUCUACUAAAACUUGCAAAGUUAGAUUUCAAUCUUGUUCAGUCUUUGCACAAAAAGGAGCUCAGUGAGAUUACUAGGUGGUGGAAAGAAGUAGAUUUCGCAAAGAAGAUGCCUUAUGCAAGAGACAGGAUCGUGGAGUUGUACUUUUGGAUGGUCGGAGUAUACUUUGAACCCCAAUACGUCGAAGCAAGAAAAUUUCUUACAAAAAUGAGUGCCCUGCAAUCAGUGAUGGAUGAUACCUACGACGCAUAUGCUACGUUUGAAGAACUUGAGAUCUUUACUGCAGCAAUUGAGAGGUGGGAUAUGAGUUGCAUAGAUGAACUCCCAGACUAUAUGCAAAUAUAUUAUCGUACCCUUUUGAAUUUUGUCGAUGAAAUUGAGGAAGAGAUUGCAAAGGAUGGAAGAUCUUACCGAGUUUAUUAUGCAAGGGAAUCUGUACGUAUAUAA